AUGACGGGCAACACCAGCCCGACCACCUCGCCUACUCGGCAUCACCAUGGCCCGGCUCUUCUACCCAAGAUCCGGCCUCAAGAUGUCGUAAUCGAACCCGUGUCUGCCGGCGGCCCCAUGCGGCAUCGACGGGUCUUAUCCAACACGCGGAAUCCACCGGGCUUUGUGCCUUAUCCUAGCCGGCCACCCCUUCAGCGCAACGGGGUAGAUGUCUCAAACCGCUUAGCCCUAGCAUCUUCGCUUUCGCCCAUCAUCACCACUGGUCAUGGCAGCUCCUCUGCCUUGUCUUCUCCAGUGACCAUCAAUCAUUCCCACAAGCGCAAAGCUGGUGGAGGCCACGUCCGCUCAGUGUCGACAUCCAGCAUUGAUGAAGCUACCCUGAACCGGUAUGGAUAUCCCACCUAUCGGCAUCUCCCCAAGUAUGUCCCGCAAAUGCAGGCACAAACAAUGCCAAACACACCAGCUACACCAGUGACCCCAAUCACCCCGAACAUUGUUGUUCAGUCGUAUUCUCAACAGCCGACAGCAGAGGUGCCGCAACAAGCCCCUGUACGACCUCCAAAUCCAUUGACGGUGCCAACGCCCCCGUACAACUACAACCAGACACCUGUAGCCCAGCAAUCGCCUGUUGCGCUGCUCAGCCCCCGGGAAGAUCUGGCACCCCCAUCUACCAACUUGCUGUCAUACCUCACCUCCCCCACGCAAGCGAUCAACCUCGUCCGGAACGUGAGCGUUGUUCCCACUCGGGGCAUGCACGACUAUUUCUGGUGGGAUAUCCGCAACCUCCGCAGCUGGACCUCUUUCUCAAUCCCAACCUUCGACUCCAUCCGCGGCCUCACACAGCUCCUCAAAACAGAAAUCCCGAGCUCUCUCGCACCUCCAGUGGGCGUUGUCCCCGGACGCUUGGGGCCCGAAUCCGAGCCUGCCCUGGUCAGCCUGAUCAGGGAUCUCUAUGCACCGCGCGUCAAUGCCGCAUUGGCCGUUUCCCAGGGCACCGAGCAUCUCCAGCUCUACGCCGCUCCAGACAUGCGGCACACCGGCCACAAGAACCACGGCCACCCGCACUUCCUCGCCAACUAUGCCACAGACACCGAGCGCACAAGCGCCGGCCUCCCACGCGGCCGCCUCGUUGGCAUAGUCAAGAGCUUCGAUCGCUGGAACUCCGGCAUGCGGAACGAGGCGCCACACCGGCGCGUCGAGUACCUCAACGGGCUGGCGCACCUACAGCGCUGCAUGCGCGAGCACUCCUGCCGCUACGGCUUCAUCAUCACAGAGAUCGAGCUUGUCUGCGUGCGCGCCGGCUGCGACGCCGGAGACGACGUGCCCUACUUCGGCUUCCUCGAGAUCGCCGCGCCGAUUCCCCUCAAAACAGCCGCUUCCCAGUCACACCCGGGAUCCCGCGACGCGCCGCCUCUUGCAACGCCUAUCAGCGUGCGGUCGUUCUCGUCCUCCUCGCACGCGUCAUCGGUUCAUUUUCAGCAUGAUUCGCCGACGCCUGAGGACGACGAGGGAUUCACGGCCCCGAUGACGGCGAGCCUGGCUUUGUACUUCCUCCUCAUGCUGUCCAAGUCUGUCCCACUACCCGACCAGCCGUCCGCCCACCUCAACGUGGGCGGGCCGGGCGCGCUCACGCGGCAGCGAAUCCUGCCCGAGCCCAAAGAUAAAUGGAUUCCCGAGCCGCAGAUUGGCGAGCGCCGUGAUGCGAAGCGUGUGCGUGGCUGGGUUUGGCCUGGCGAUGCGUGGCAUCGCAGAGAAGGGGGUGGUGCGGCGAGGGCGAGGGCUGUGGAGAGCAAGUCGAAGAAGUGGCAUAAAUAA